AUGUCAGCGCUGCAGCUUUACUUUAUUUUAGAAACAACAUUUCGAUAUCUACAUCAGCGCAAAAAAGGAAGUGAGGUAGUUGCCAUGGAAUCACAUUUUCGAGAGAAAAAUGUGGUAGCAGAAAAUGUCCUAGAAUAUCUGUACAAGCCGGUGUGCCGCGCGGAGCAGCGGCGCGUGUACGCGGUGGCGCGGCUGGAGCCGGCGAAGGUGACGUGCGAGGUGGACGCGUACCCACCGCCCGACUCCUUCCGCUGGAGCUUCAACCACUCGGGCGCCGGCGACGCGGCCGUGGAGGUGCCCGAGGCGCGCUACAGCGGCGGCGCUGGCGCUGGCGGGGGCGGGGGCGGGGGCGGCGGCAGCGGCGGGCAGGGCGGCGAGGAGGCCGGCGCCUCGUCCACGCUCUCCUACGCGCCCAUGACGGAGCUGGACUACGGCACGCUGCUUUGCAGCGCCAACAACGCCGCGGGCCAGCAGCGCGAGCCCUGCGUCUUCCACAUCAUCCCCGCAGGUCGUCCGGAACCACCCUUGAACUGCUCUUUGACGAACCAGACGACGGGCUCGCUGGAGGUGGAGUGCGAGGAGGGCUUCGACGGGGGGCUGCCGCAGACCUUCCAGCUGGAGGUGUUCGACCUGGAGAGCGGGCUGCUGGCCGCCAACGUCUCCUCGCGCUGGCCGCGCUUCCUCGUGGAGGGGCUGCGCGCGGGCCGCGUGCUGCGGGUGCACGCCUACGCGCUCAACGCCAAAGGGCGCAGCGAGCCCUUCGCCCUGGAGGGCUUCACGCUCAAGCAGGCCGAGAAGCGCACCGGUGAGUCUCUCUCUCUCACUUGGCCCUUCGCCCUAGAGGGCUUCACGCUCAAGCCGGCCGAGAAGCGCAACGGUGAGUUCCUCUCUUUCACUUGGCCCUUCGCCCUAGAGGGCUUCACGCUCAAGCAGGCCGAGAAGCGCACAUGGUCCCCGGUGUCGCUGGAGCUGACCCCUCUGCUGGCCACGCUGCUGGGGGCGCUGGCGGCGCUGCUGCUGGUAGCGACGGCAGGUGUGGCGGGCGGGCAGGAGUGGCGCUGCGCAAGCGCCUCUUCGGCGUUGCGCGGGCGGCGGGGCCGGCGCGCGCAGCGGGACGGGCGCGGCGGGCGGCCCGCAGCGCCCCACGGACCUGGCGCUGAAGGAGAAGGCGCGCGGGGGACAGACGCUACGAGCGGAUGCCGGCCUCGGCCUGGACUUCGACGCCGCAGACGAGAAGAACCCCGACGUCAUUCCCUGCAACAAGGGUGUUACCGGGGCGCAGCGCUGGCGUCGGUGGGCCGCGCGGGCAUGGGCCGCUUCGGGAAGGCGCAAUGGGAGCGCACGCUUGCAGACGCGGAGUACCAGCUGGCGGAGACGCCCGGGCCGCUGACGCAGGGCCUGCUGACGCCCACGCCCACGGCGGCCUACGGCGCACCCGCGCCCCCGCGCGUGCCCUCGCCCCGCGGGCCCUCGCCCUCGGCCGCGCACUGCAACGGCGCCCUCUACGGCACCUACCGGCCCCUGGGGCCGCCGACCCACCUGCGCUUCCCCACGCUGCGCCAGGAGGUGCAGUACGCGGAGCUGGCGCUGUCCCGGUGCGGGGUGACGCCGCCGCCGCCGCGCUCGCCGCCGGAGCCCACCAUCUACGCGCAGAUCUCGCACACGCUGCGCGCGCACGGGGCCACGCCGCGCUGCACGCCGUCGCCCGUGGGGCCGCCGCCGCCGCCCAUGGCGCUGCUGCCCGGCCGCGAGGUCGUCACGGUGCGCACGCCGCUCAUGAUGGGCGACUGCGCGCAGGAGAGCUGCGUAUAG